AUGACCGUUGACGCCAGCAGCAGCAGCAACAACAACAACAUCACGGCCACGCAGAACGAGCCCAUCGUCCCCACCUCCCCUCCCGCAAAGCGCAUCAAGACGACCGCCGACAGCGAAACCAUGGAUUCCUCCAACGGCGGCGUCCACCAUUCCACCGCAGCAGCAGAGCAACAGCCCCCUCCGUUGCUCAUCAAGAAACUCUCAGACAAGGCCCGCCUCCCAACCCGCGGCAGCGCCUUCGCCGCAGGGUACGACCUGUACGCGGCGCGCGACGCGACGAUUCCCGCGCGGGGCAAGGGCAUGGUUGAUACGGACAUCAGCUUGGCCGUGCCGGCAGGGACGUACGGCCGUAUCGCACCCCGCUCCGGACUCGCCGCAAAGCACUUCAUUGACACUGGCGCGGGCGUAAUUGACGCCGACUACCGGGGGCCGCUCAAGGUGCUGCUGUUCAACCACGGCGAAGCCGACUUUGAGGUCAAGGAGGGCGACCGGAUCGCACAACUGGUUGUCGAGCGGAUCUAUACACCCGAGGUCGUCGAGGUGCAGGAGCUGGAGGCGAGCGUGAGAGGGGCGGGCGGGUUCGGCAGCACCGGGAUGAAUUAA